AUGGAUUCGUGGUUGUUCAUUUCUUUGACAUUUCUUAUUAUCAUACCGGUGAAUUCCUUCAACUUAGACGCAAGGAAUUUUCUGGAAAUAAAAGGGAACGAAAACCAAUAUUUUGGCUACUCCGUAGGAUUCAGAAAAAGUUUAAAUCAAUUCAAGAUUUUGGUUGGUUCUCCAAAGGCGAAUGAUACCAUAGAAAAAAUCACGACGGGAGCUCUGUACGAAUGCGACAUUACAGCCCCACAUAAUUGCAGGAGAGUUCCACACUUCGUUCCUAGAAAUCCGGAUUACUCUAUACAAAACCAGUGGCUGGGCGUAGCUUUGGAUAUAAACCCUUAUAAUUCGCAAAUAACAGUGUGUGCUCACAGAUUUCUAGAAUACGCUAUCUCUCAGAAGAUGCUCAUGGGAGCCUGUUACAGAAUGAAUGAUACAAGUGAUACAUCACAAAUAAUAAUAGAAACCAUCAAUCAUCAAUUUAACCCGAUGUAUGGAAUUUCUUGUCGAUAUUCUCAGACAGGAAGACUUGUAACUGGAAUGCCGGGAUUGGAUCAAGGUAAAGGGGGCUAUGUUGUAAAAGCUCAACUAUUUUCUAACAAAGGACACGACUAUUAUGAAGGAUACACCGUGACUUUUUGGGAUGAUACUCCAGUUAUUGGUAAGCCAAGGUAUCAUGAAUAUGGAGCAGUCUUGAUUAGGAACGAAUUUAUCCUUCCUCCCCAGAACAAAUAUUCAUUUGGUAGUUAUUUCGGAUCCGCCAUUGCCACCGCUGACUUAAACUAUGACGGUUACAAGGAUUUGGUAAUUGGAGCUCCAUUUUAUUCCGAAACAUUUGUCGAAGAAGGGAGAGUGUACAUUUACUUCUAUGACAGUUUAGAAGGGAUGUUCUCUGAAAAUGCAAACAUUGUGCUUAUGGAACCCAGUUACCGUGCACAAUUUGGGAAGAGCCUUGCCACGGGAAAUUUCAAUUCAGACAAGUAUGAAGAUAUCAUUGUUGGAGCACCUUACGAAAAUGAUGGUGCUGGUUGCAUCUAUGUUUAUAACGGCAAGUUUAAAGGUCUGGAGUCUACAUAUUCGCAGAAGAUCAGCGGCAAAGACUUGCGCCAUGGACUAAAAACCUUUGGGAUAUCUUUUACACGGGCUGAUGACCUAGAUCAAAACGGAUACCCAGAUAUCGGAGUUGGUGCUUACAUGUCAGAUUCGGCUUAUAUCUUCAAAGCCCGUCCGACAUAUGAGCUGAAAGCAUCUCUGACCGCUUCAGAACGUAUUCUAGAUAUGGCGCCAAAUUGUAUCCUCAACGACCGACGAGUCUUAUGCGUCAACCUAACUGUAAAGUUGACCCUCGGAAUAAAAGAAGACACGGUGUAUGAUUUGAAUCUAAUAACAGAUAGUUUAAAGACUCCAGAGGAAAAGCGAACGUAUUUUAAAGGUAACGUGCGACAAUCUGAGAUCACAGAAUCAGUGACAGUGCGAUCAGGUUUCUUCGAAAAGGUUUACCAAAUUUUCAUCAGGAGCACAAUGGAUAUUCUGUCGCCAAUAAACUUUACCCUUCACUGCAGUCUGAAUGAUCAAGGUUACUCUAACCACUGCAUGCCACUGUGCCCUAUUUCCAAUAACAUCACGAUCUCAGAAACGAUCAAAUUAAAUACUGAAUGUGGUCCAGACGAAAUCUGUAGAACUCGACUCAAAGUUAAUCUGGAAACUUUGCCACCAAAUAUCACUCUCGGUAAAGACAAAAGACUCAAUGCAGUUAUAAACGUGUUUAACAUUGGUGAACACGCAUAUAAUGCAAGGGCGAGGGUAUUUUUUUCUCAUUUAAUGGACUUUGAGUCGAUCAGGAAACCAGUCAACUCUUCUGUAGAAUGCACAUCUGUAAACAGGAUGGAACUUUCCUGCUUUCUUGGAAACCCACUGAGAGAAAAUAGCAACAGUUCUUUUAUUGUGACCUUCUUGCUUGGCUUGACAGCUAAUGUGACCAAAACGUUUAUAGCAGUGAACGCUAGUACUGAGAGUCAAGUGGAACCAAAGUAUUUGAUAAAUACUGUGAAUUUAACUAUAAAAGUUUACCAAGAAUUCGACUUGGAGUUGGUAGCAAUGUCAGUACCAAGUACUCUAGCGUUUAGAGGAGACGCUAGUCCUAUGACCGCGAGGCACUCGUAUCAACUGAGAAAUAAUGGACCCAGCAAUGCGCACAAGUUAAUAUUUUCACUUGAUAUCCCGAAUGUCAUCAUCAACAACUCACCUCUGAUGACCAUUAAGGAAUAUCGGUUGCGUGACACAAACCAUCCUCAUGAAUCAAAUAAGAGCGUUUGUCAUUUAAAUACAGUGGAAAACACAGGAGUAGACGUUAAAACUGAUAUUAAGUCGCUACUCAAGUACAAAAAUAUUGCGAAUUGCAGUUGGUUGAAAUGUCAUCGGAUUGUGUGUGAAAUAAGUAUCCUUACGAUUUUCAAUAUGAAGGUUUUCGAACUUACUUUGAACAUAGAUGCAAAACUUUUAAAAGAUUUUCAGAGCAAACUGCGAGCGUUCGACGUGGUCACUAAUGGCACAUUGAGACACACGGUGAGCAAGCAGGUCAUCAACGUUCAUCAUGAACAUGCAAAUGCCACCACAUUGUUCCUUAUCAGUCGACUCCAAAAGAAAAUCCAAUGGUGGAUUGUUGUUUGCAGCAUUUUAGUGGGACUCCUCUUUCUAAUUUUGGUCGGCGUUCUUCUCUGGAAGUUUGGUUUUUUCCGGAGAAAUCGUGUCAGUGCUGCAGAUAGACGAAGUUUAAAACUUAUGACCAGUAAACGAGAGACUCCACCACAAAAUGAUUCGCAAGAAGAAACCCAUCUAUCUAUCUAUCUAUCUAUCUAUCUAUCUAUCUAUAUCUAUCUAUCUAUAUAUAUAUCUAACCAAGGAUUUAAGAACAGAGAAUCUUAUUCUAAUAUAUAUUUCAACAUAUCUUGUCUCCUUUUCUUAUUUCAACAUAUCUUGUUUCUUUAUCUUAUUUCAACAUAUCUUGUUUCUUUUUCUUAUUUCAACAUAUCUUGUCUUCUUUUCUUAUUUCAACAUAUCUUGUUUCUUUUUCUUAUUUCAACAUAUCUUGUCUCUUUUUCUUAUUUCAACAUAUCUUGUCUCCUUUUCUUAUUUCAACAUAUCUUGUUUCUUUUUCUUAUUUCAACAUAUCUUGUCUUCUUUUCUUAUUUCAACAUAUCCUGUUUCUUUUUCUUAUUUCAACAUAUCUUGGCUCCUUAUUUCAACAUAUCUUGUCUCUUUUUCUUAUUUCAACAUAUCUUGUCUCCUUUUCUUAUUUCAACAUAUCUUGUCUCCUUAUUUCAACAUAUCUUGUCUCUUUUUCUUAUUUCAACAUAUCUUGUCUCCUUAUUUCAACAUAUCUUGUCUCUUUUUCUUAUUUCAACAUAUCUUGUCUCUUUUUCUUAUUUCAACAUAUCUUGUUUCCUUUUCUUAUUUCAACAUAGCUUGUCUCUUUUUCUUAUUUCAAAAUAUCUUGUCUCCUUUUCUUAUUUCAACAUAUCUUGUCUCCUUUUCUUAUUUCAACAUAUCUUGUCUCCAUUUCUUAUUUCAACAUAG